AUGUCGUUGUACAUCGCUUUGAUGCUCGCAUUCUUGCCCGUCUUCCUGGCGAUCCAGUGUGGCGGCAAGAAGAAGGAGUGAGUAACUUUUUCAUUGCUUGGAUCCCAAUUGUUCGAACUUUGAAGCAAGAGCAAAGGCUCGGCCUCGAAGAUGGGAACUCCGUCCAAGAUUGCUCCACCUCCGGCGGCUCCUGCUCCGCCCGCCGGAGCUGCUCCUCCUGGUUCUGGCGCCGAGGAGAAGAAGGAAGAAGAGAAGAAGGAUGGAGACAAGAAGGAGGGAGAAACCGAUAAGAAGGUAUAUAUUACUUUUGAACUUAUUUCUAUGUAUCAGUGGUAAGCUUUAACGUAAUAUGAUUUUUGAAAGGGUUUUUCGUCUUUCUGAGAUUAGUUUAACGCAACUUCAGAUGGCCAAGAAUCUUUUUCUACAGAACAAAAUUCGAAAAAUCCUAACUUUCAUAUAAUUUCUUCACCUAUUUAAAGAAUUGAAGUUCUGGCCUUUCUGUUAACUACCACUUUUCAAACUUGAAGCCCGUUUAACUACUCAAUUCAGGACAGCGAGGCCGACAAGAAGGACGAAAAGAAGGAGAAAUCCAAGAAGUCUAAGAAGAGCCAGAAGAGCAAGUCCAAGAAGUCGUCCAAGUCCAAGAAGGACAAGGACGAGAAGAAGGACGACGAAAAGAAGGAUGGCGACCAGAAGGAUGACAAGAAGGACGAGAAAGACGGCGAUAAGAAGGACGGCGACAAGAAGGACGAGAAGGACGGUGAUAAGAAGGACGGCGACAAGAAGGAUGAUGAGAAGAAGGAUGGAGAUAAGAAGGAUGGAGACAAGAAAGAUGACGACAAGAAGGACGAAAAGAAAGACGACAAGAAGGAUGAUGAAAAGAAAGAUGAUGUGAGUUAUUCUAAAGCACACUUCUGAGGUAUUGUGAAACAGGAAAUUGAAAUUUAGGAGAAGAAAGACGACAAAAAGGACGAAGAGAAGAAGUAG